CGUGGAACUUGUUUCGUCCAAACAAUCUCGCAAGUCUUCGAAUUCACAGCAAUCCAGAUCUGUUCUUGACCUGAUCAGAAAACCCAAAUCGCCGUCUUCUCCCCCUCCCACCACCAAUUCGCCAGGGAGAUCUUCCAGCAGUCGACGCCAUGGCGCAGAGGGCGCUGGAGCUGACCCUGAUAUCGGGGAAGGAUCUCAAGGACGUGAACCUGCUCUCCAAGAUGGAGGUCUACGCCGUCGUCUCGCUCUCCGGCGACCCGCGCUCGCGGCAGCGCGUCGCCGCCGACCGCGCGGGGGGGCGCAACCCGACCUGGAACGCCACGCUGCGGUUCACCGUCCCGGCCAACGCCGCGGGGUCGCUCCACGUCCUCCUCCGCGCCGAGCGCGCGUUCGGCGACCGCGACGUCGGCGAGGUCCACAUCCCGCUCUCCGAGCUCCUCUCCGGCGCCCCCGAGGGCCCCGUCCCCGUCAAGUUCGUCGCAUACCAGGUCCGUAAGAUGGGAUCCGGCAAGCCCCAGGGUGUGUUGAAUUUUUCGUACAAGCUCGGCGAGGUCACCCAGGCCGCCGCCUAUGCUGGUGGCGCUGGUCAGGCCGGGUACGCGCAGCCUCAAUCAGCGUACCCGCCGGCGGCCGCCUACCCGCCUCACUCAGGGUACCCGCCAGCAGCCAAGGCCGACGCCUACCCUCCUCCAUCCGCCUACCCACCGGCAGGCAAAGCAGAUGCCUACCCGCCUCCAUCCGCCUACCCACCGGCGGCGAAAGCUGAUGGGGCAGCCGCGGCUUACCCGCCUCCCUCGGGCUACCCACCAGCUGGGAAGGCAGGUGAGUCAUCCACGGCUUACCCUCCACCGUCGGGCUACCCGCCCGCGGGAAAGCCGGCGAAGGCGGGGGAGCCAGUCACCGCCUACCCCGCGGCAGCCGGACCCAGCACAGGCGCUCCUUACGGAGCCCCGCCGCCGCAGUACGGCUACGGGUACCCAGCCCAGCAGCCGGCCGGGUACGGCUACCCGCCCGCGCCGCCGCAAGGCGGGUACGGCUACGGGUACCCGCCGCAGCAGCCGCAGUACGGAGGGUACCAGCAGCAAGCCGUGAAGCCGCCGAAGAAGAGCGGCAUGGGGAUGGGCCUCGGCGCCGGUCUGCUCGGAGGCGCGCUCGGCGGGCUCCUCAUCGGCGACAUGAUCUCCGACUCGUCGUCCGGGUACGACGCCGGAUACGACGCAGGGUUCGACGAUGGCGGCGGCUUCGAUUUCUAGAUCCUACGAACGUUCGGAAGAUCAGACGCGAUGGAGAUUCGCAGUUCGCUUCGUUAUUUGUUCCGUUUUGGUUCAGUUUUUUCGCCAUUUCUGCUCGAACCGUGAUAAUACUGUGAUGUAAAUACGAGUAGGAGUUUGCAAACUACUACUACUGUCAAGCCCUUCGAAGACAGAUAGUACUAUGAAAAGCUAUAUCUGGUUUUGCACUUCCAACUUGAAAUGUUCUGAUUUGAUCCAUUUAUUCGCGCUUAUUUGGUUGGUGUGAGAUGAAUUCUGAGGUGUACAGUACAGACAGCUGACUGAAGAAUGCCAUGGGCGUUAUAAAGUUGCUCGACAGCUUAUUUGUAGUGUAUGGCAGUGCUGUUCCAGGACUUUGCACGAUGCUACUGUCAAGCCCUUGAUGUACUCCGUAGUUCUAUUAUGAACAGCUGUUUGUUUUACUCCAACUUAA